AAUCCUAAGUGUGCGGUGGAAGGGAGUGUGGUGUGACAAGAACCGUUCCUAACGGCCUAAGUAACCAAAAGGAGAAAAGAAAAGAAAAGAACAGAACACACCUCUUUCUUCUUCUUCUUCUUCUCCUUCAGUCCUUCUUCUUCUUCUUCUUCUUUUCAGUCCUUCUUCUUCUUCUUCAGUUCUUCGUUGUAUUUGCGCGAUCAUAAUAUCCCAGAUUUCGGGAUAUACAGUUGUUUUGUAUAGGUAUAGUAGGUUUUGGAGAUAGAUUGAUCCGAGAAUGGCUUCGAAGUUGGCAACAUGCUUCGUAUACUGGAACCUCAACCAGAGCCAUCCCAACACGGUUGUUCGCUUUCCUUCUUCACUUUCCCAUGGCCUUCUUCUUCCCGCUUCCUGCAAAAUGCGCCAACGGAGUCUCAGUUCCCAGCACAAGAAACAACAUAUCAAGAAAGCUUCUCAUGAACCGCCUUCCACAGAUGGAGAUCCCCAACCAGAUCAAGAUAGGGAUUCAGAGCACAGAGAGCCUUCGUUGGAUAGUCUCCCAAACGUAAACAACGAAAUCUUGAGCAGUACUGAUACUGGAAACAUUGAUUCUGUGGAGAAAUUGGAUAGUCCGAUUUUAAUACCCGAAACUACACCUUCGGCUGUAAAUAUAAAUGGAGCAGAGCAGGCCGAACAAUUGUCUGGUGGUCAACUUGUGGAUAUGCUAGGCAUGAUACAAAAUACAGAGAAAAACAUCCUUCUUCUAAAUCAAGCUAGAAUUCAUGCACUUCAGGACCUUGAAAAGAUUCUUGCUGAAAAGGAAGCAUUACAAGGAGAAAUUAAUGUCUUAGAGACGAGGUUGGCUGAGACUGAUGCCCGAAUUGAGGUUGCAACCCAGGAAAAGAUACAUGUGAAACACUUGGAGGAACAGUUAGAGAAACUGCGCAGUGAGUUGGCUCAAAGUGGCAAUCCUGAAGGAGGAGAUACUGAAUUGCACGCCCAUCUAAAUAGAUUUUUGAACGAUGAAUACCCUCCGAGUCAUAAUGAAAGCAUUCAUUCUCUUACUGUGGAGCUUAAUUCUUUGAGGGAAGAAAAUGCCUCUCUGAAGAGUGCCAUAGAAUCAUUCAAAGCUCAGCUUAAUGAUGUCAAUAAUACUAGUGAGCGUGUAGUGGUCUUGGAAAAAGAACGGUCAUCUUUGGAAUCUGCCCUGAAGGACUUAGAAUCAAAAUUACUAGAAUCACAGGAAGACUUGUCAGAACUGUCUGCAUUAAGAGUUGAAUGCAAGGAUUUACGGGAGAAGGUUGAAGAUCUACAAGUGAUGCUAGAUAAUGCAACUAAACAAGCUAAUCAAGAUAUUACAGUGUUGCAACAAAACCAGGAUCUUCGAAGAAAGCUUGAAAAAUUGGAAGCAUCCCUGGAAGAAGCUAAUAACUAUAAGCUGUCAUCAGAUAAAUUGCAAAAGUACAAUGAAGAAAUGCAGCAGAAGAUAAAAUCAUUGGAGGAACGCCUUCAAAAGUCAGAUGAAGAAAUAAAUUCUUAUGUUCAGAUGUAUCAAGAUUCAGCGAAGGAAUUUCAAGUUACACUUAGUGAUCUGAAAGAAGAAACCAAGAAAAGGGCGCUGGAUGGACCAGUGGAAGAUAUGCCAUGGGAGUUUUGGAGCCGAUUGUUGCUUAUGAUUGAUGGUUGGUCACUUGAAAAGAAAAUAUCAGUGGAUGACGCAAAUCUUUUGAGAGAAAAGGUGUGGAAGAGAGACAGACGUAUUAGAGACACAUAUAUGGCUUGUGAAGAACAAAGUGAAAAUGAGGCUAUUUCUGCAUUUCUCAAGCUUACAUCAUCUGCAACAAGUCAGGGAUUGCGUGUGAUUCAUAUUGCAGCAGAGAUGGCACCAGUUGCCAAGGUUGGUGGUUUGGGGGAUGUUGUCUGUGGUCUGGGUAAAGCACUACAAAGAAAAGGACACCUUGUCGAAAUUAUUCUUCCCAAAUAUGAUUGUAUGGACUAUGACCGAAUUUGUGACUUAAGGGCUUUGGAUGUGGUGAUAGAGUCAUACUUUGAUGGUCAAUUGUUCCAAAAUAAAAUCUGGGUUGGCACUGUUGAAGGGCUUCCUGUUUAUUUCAUUGAGCCCCAUCAUCCUCAUAAGCUAUUCUGGCGAGGAACUUAUUAUGGGGAGCACGAUGAUUUCAAACGCUUCUCGUACUUUAGCCGUGCAGCUCUUGAGUUUCUUCUUCGAGCUGGCAAGAAGCCAGAUAUCAUUCAUUGCCAUGAUUGGCAGACAGCAUUUGUGGCUCCACUAUAUUGGGAGAUGUAUGCCCCAAAGGGGUUAGAUUCAGCUAGGAUGUGUUUUACAUGCCAUAACUUUCAGUAUCAAGGGAUUGCUGCAGCAUCAGAGUUGGAAUCAUGUGGUCUUCAUGCCCACCAGUUAAAUAGACCAGAUAGAAUGCAGGACAACUCAGCACAUGAUAAAGUCAACGCUGUCAAGGGUGCAGUUGUUUUCUCAAACAUUGUGACAACCGUGUCUCCUACUUAUGCCCAAGAAGUGAGAACUGCUGAGGGAGGACAUGGCCUCCAUUCAACUCUUUCUUCCCAUUCCAAGAAGUUCAUUGGGAUUCUUAAUGGCAUUGAUACUGAUGCAUGGGAUCCUGCUACUGAUCCAUGUCUUGAAGUCCAGUACAAUGCAAAUGAUCUUCAAGGGAAAGCAGAGAAUAAGGCAGCCUUAAGAAGAAAACUUGGUCUUUCAUCCGCAGACCAUAGGAGGCCAUUGGUUGGCUGCAUAACAAGAUUGGUACCACAAAAAGGUGUUCAUCUUAUUAGACAUGCGAUAUAUCGAACAUUGGGUCUGGGAGGGCAAUUUGUUCUUCUUGGUUCCAGUCCAGUGCACCAUAUUCAGAAAGAAUUUGAGGGCAUUGCUGAGCAGUUUCAGAAUCAUGAUCAAGUAAGGUUGAUACUGAAGUAUGAUGAAUCUCUUGCCCAUGCCAUUUAUGCUGCUUCUGACAUGUUCAUCAUUCCAUCAAUCUUUGAACCUUGUGGCCUGACACAGAUGAUAUCCAUGAGAUAUGGGGCGAUACCCAUUGUCAGAAAAACUGGAGGCCUAAAUGACAGUGUUUUUGAUGUUGAUGAUGAUACAAUACCUCCCCGAUUUCAAAAUGGAUUUACUUUUUUAGAAGCUAAUGAGCAGGAUUUUAAUGGUGCUUUAGAACGAGCAUUUAACCUCUACAUGAACAACCCUGAGCGUUGGAAACAACUUGUUCAGAAGGACAUGAAUAUAGAUUUCAGCUGGGAUUCUUCAGCAGCUCAAUACGAACAACUCUACUCAAGCGCUGUGGCUAGAGCAAGGGCGAGAAACAUGCUUAAUUAAUUGAGCUAAAGGAGGCAUGACAACCAGCCCAAUUUUGUUAGUUUUGAGAGCUCAUGUUCAAAGGCAGCAUACCUUAUAUGCAAGUACAUAUCUGAGGUUGAGAAUGAAAUGUAAAAAGAUGAAUGUCACAAGGAGUCUGCUGAAACCAAGCUGCUUGAGUUGAAGUUUCAUGCAUGAUCCUCUUCGGUUUACAUGGAUGCAACCCUUAUACACAUGCAAGAUUGUUCAAUUCUUUUUCUAUCAUUUUCCACUUGUAUUUUUUACUUGUAAAGCAUUACAACUUAGGUUCUCCACUUAAAAAUUUGUAUAAAGAAAUAGAUAUUGGAUAAAUCACAUGUUUUUAUGAUUGAAGAA